CCCGACUUGGCUGCUGACUCUUUCGAGAGCACAACUUCAUUUGACUGACUUGCUAUAUUGACUUCACUCGUUUGCUGGUCAACAGAAUUUUUGCAUCAGCUUUCAAAAUGUAUUUGACUGCACAAGCACGGCGCUUAAUGCAGUUAGGCCAAAAAUUCCAUCUACCUUACUUUGCGAAUGCCAGGUUGAUUGCAACUACUCAGACUGUCCAUGGAUUCCGAGAACAAGACCCCUCAUUUGCUACUAGAAUUAUUCACGGUGCACAGGAACCGGAACAAUGGUCAGAUGGUAAUCCCGUCGUCAUGCCAAUUUCCCUGACUACAACUUUCAAGCAGCCAGCCCCGGGAAAAUUCUUGAGCUACGAGUACAGCCGGUUGAAUAAUCCCAGCCGGAAUACAGUGGAACGAGUAGUGGCGUCAUUAGAAGGAGCCAAAUACGGACUCGCUUACGGAUCUGGCAUGGCCGCCAUUACUACCGUCUUCAAUCUGCUAAGCCCCGGUGAUCAUAUUGUCUCUUCCGUGGAUCUGUACGGUGGCACCAGCAUUUAUCUCAAGCAAGUCGCCGACCGUCUGAAUAUUAAAACAACUUUUGUUGCUGACGUCACGGACCCUGCCAAUAUCGAGAAAGCCAUUACGGGCAACACCAGGCUGGUAUGGAUGGAAACGCCUUCUAAUCCCGGCUUGAAGAUGGUCGAUAUCGAGAAAGUCGCCGAGAUUGUUCGUAGGAGAAAAGACGUCCUUCUCGCCAUCGACAAUACGUUUUUAUCUCCUUAUUUUCAAAGGCCAUUGGAAUUGGGAGCCGAUAUUGUGAUGAACUCGGCCACCAAGUACCUUAACGGCCACUCUGAUGUGCUAAUGGGAAUGCUUUUGACGAGCAAUGAUGGAGUACACGACCGUCUUCGCUUCCUCCAGAGGACUAUUGGCGCUGUUCCCUCGCCUUUCGAAUGCUAUUUGCUGAAUCGUGGAAUGAAGACGUUGCCCGUUCGCAUGCGCCAACACAUGGAGAACGGACUGGCUGUCGCCCGUUUCCUGGAAAAUCAUCCGAGCGUUGAGCGAGUUCUGCAUCCAGGUUUACCAUCGCAUCCGCAGCACGAAUUGGCACAGCGGCAGUGCUACGGCCACAGUGGCAUGGUGACUUUCUUCCUCAAAGGUGGAAAGGACGAGUGUCGCGCUUUCGUCAAAGGCCUUAAAGUUGUUAUUCUAGGGGAAAGCUUGGGAGGAUACGAAAGUUUGGUCAAAAUCCCCGCCCUGAUGCCGGAAACUUACCAACUUGAUGUUCCGGUCAACUUGAUCAGAUUGGCUGUUGGCCUGGAAUAUGUCGGCGAUUUGAUAGCAGAUUUGGACCAAGCACUCAGAGCUGUUCGUUCGUCUUAAUUUCGAUCGAUGAAUAAGAGCCCAGAUAUCCUCCUGACUGCACAAAGCUAUUAAGCUAAUGGUUUUAUUAUCAAGGCAAUUAAUUCUGUGGUGAUUAUGCUGCCUAUGGCGAAAAAUGUUUGCUUAGUGAAUCAUUUGAAUUGGGUUGUUCUUGCAACAACAGCUGUCUUUUACUUUUUUAUUGUUGGCAAAAGAAAUAUUGUUUGGUUUAGGCGAAUUUUAACUGCUGUUUAAAAUUUUAAAUACAGGGAAAUAACAAGUGCA